CUGGGCAUCUGGUCGCUCUGCACAGUGCUCCUGGAGCUCAGCGGGUUCGCAUCUCCGAUUCGGGCUGCACCUGGGGCGGCUCGGACUCCGGACUUGCAGAGCUAAGAGCUCAGCGGCCGGCGGUGGCAGAGGCUGUCUACCUCUGCCGCGCCGCGCACCCCUCGCUCCACAGCCGCUGCUCCCUGCCCGCCCUGACCUCGGCGUGACUUGGUGGUGCAGCUGUACGCCUUGCGGGGCACCCUAGUGCCCCAGUUGCCGCCUCUGCUCCCUGAUGCCGGGCCCGGGGCGCCGCGCCGUGAGCUGCAGGAGGAUGAAGAACGCGGUGGGAGGAAAGCAGGAGAAGCUCCUGGGGACUCCGAAGAAGCUGCCCAGAGCUGUGUCCAUUUAUGGAAACACCAAUUCCCACUUGAAUGAUUUCACAAGUGCCCAAGAUGGAGAGAGUGAGGCUGAGUUAAUGCCUGAUGAGUUUGAAGAGAAACCAGGAAGGGAAAAGAAACACUCGAACUUCACCUUGUGCAGUGUGUGUAACAUUCAACUGAACUCAGCUGCUCAAGCACAGAUCCACUACAAUGGCAAAUCUCACCAGAAGAGACUGAAACAGCUGACCAAUGGCGCACUGAAGAACGGCAAUGGUGGUACAUGCCAGAGUCCUGCUCUCCCAGCCUUGGUCCGGCCGCCAGCCCCUCCUUUGCAGCCAUCAUUGGAUAUUAAGCCCUUCCUUCCUUUUCCUCUUGACACUGCAGCGGCAGUCAACCUGUUUCCCAAUUUUAAUGCAAUGGACCCUAUUCAGAAAGCCGUAAUAAACCAUACAUUCGGGGUUCCUCUUCCUCAUCGGAGAAAGCAAAUCAUCUCAUGCAACAUUUGCCAGUUGAGAUUUAAUUCAGAUAGCCAGGCUGCGGCCCACUACAAAGGCACGAAACAUGCCAAGAAGCUCAAAGCACUGGAAGCCAUGAAAAAUAAGCAGAAAUCUGUCACUGCCAAGGACAGCGCAAAGACUGCCUUCACCUCCAUCACUACCAAUACCAUGACCACCAGCUCUGACAAAACAGAUAGUACCACGGGGACAACAGUGAUAUCAUCGACAAAUGUGGAAAUGCGCAAGAACAACACCGUAACAACCGAGAUCUCUAAACCGGAGAAGAGCCCCACAGCGGUGGCAGCCACUGGCAACAGCUCAAGUCCCUCCACAGAGACCGAGGAAGAAAAGGCAAAGAGGCUGCUUUACUGUUCACUAUGCAAGGUGGCUGUGAACUCUGCCUCGCAGCUGGAGGCUCACAACAGCGGUACUAAGCACAAAACAAUGCUAGAAGCCCGCAAUGGAAGUGGAACAAUCAAGGCUUUUCCUCGGGCAGGAAUGAAGGGCAAAGGACCUGUUACUAAGGGAAACACAGGCCUCCAAAACAAAACAUUUCACUGUGAAAUAUGUGAUGUGCAUGUCAACUCGGAAACACAACUCAAACAGCACAUUAGCAGCAGAAGGCACAAAGACAGAGCUGCUGGGAAGCCCCCCAAACCAAAAUACAGUCCCUACAACAAACUGCAGAAGGCAACAAAUCCACUAGGGGUAAAAUUAGUAUUUUCAAAAGAAGCUUCAAAGCCACUGGCUCCCAGAAUUCUCCCGAACCCGCUGGCAGCGGCCGCAGCUGCAGCUGCUGUGGCUGUGAAUUCCCCCUUCAGUCUUCGAACUGCUCCAGCAGCCACCCUCUUCCAGACCUCAGCACUUCCUCCAGCCCUCCUGCGGCCAGCUCCUGGACCCAUUCGGACCACCCACACUCCUGUGCUCUUUGCUCCUUACUGAAUUCCCGAACAGGAGGUGUUGUACUGCAAUAAUUUUUAAGACAACAAAAUGAAACUAAAAUCAAACAAAAGAGAACUAUGCAGUGUUUAUUUAUAGUUUCCAGUGUACCUGAAGAGCCAGGACUUUUGAUAGUAAAAUGAA